GUUUCCUUAGGUUUACAUUGACUGCAUUUUUUUAUAAUGUUGCUAAAGUUUAAAAAAUCAUCUUAUUUUUAAUUGCCUCACUAAAAGACGGUUCUAAAACUUCAGUGGGCAACGGUUUUUAUUUUUUGUUGUUUCCCCACACUUCAAAACUGUGGUCACUUACUCUAUUACUCCGCAAGUUUUUUAUUAUUAGAACCGUUCGGGUAUCCUUUUAACCCAUCUGUCUGCCUAAGCCAUGAAGACGCCGCCGCUGCUCCAGCCUCUAGACAACUUCGAAGAAGACGACACCACUGUUCAGGGGCGGAGCUAGGGGGUGGCCACCCCUGGCCCUGGCCCAGCCUAAAUUUUAAAAAUCUCUAUAUUUUUAGUGUAAAAAAAUUCGUUUGAAAUUUUUUCCAAAAAUAUUCUUUGUACCGGCCCAGUCCGGCCCAGUGUCCUGGCUCCGCCCCUGCCACUGUUGCUCCCGAUGAAUUCGACGAAGUCGACGCCGCUGCUAUUCCCCACAACUUCGAAGAAGACGGCGCCCCUGCUCCCGAAGAUGGUGUCCGCUGCUGCUUCAGGUUAACAGAUGAAGACGUGCUGCCCUCCAUUAACACUCUGUUGGGGAAAAACACGAUCCCCGGGUCUUUUCCAUGAUCACGAGCUCAAAGGAUUCUUGUACAUUCACCCACUCACUCAUAACACAAAGAUUCAAUCUAACAAUAUCACAUUGUAUUAUACAAUUGAAAUGUACAAGAGAUAUUUUACAAGUAAAACGAGUAGUUCACAUCACUCUUUGCGUAUGGGACUACUUCACUCUCACUCUCCUAUCUCAAGGAGGCUCUCCCUCAGUCACGAGCUCUCCUUGAGGCUCCUCUCUUACAUCCCUCAAGGAGGCUCUCUCUCUCUAGGCCCUCACUCACAUGGCUCUCCUAAGCUCUCUCACUCUUGAGGCUCACUCAUGGCUCUCAAUGUACAAGAAUCCUUUGAGCUGGUGAUCCUGGUGAAGGUCGGGGAUCGCGUUUUGCCCAACACACUCGACACACCGCUCUGUAUCAUUGAUGCUCCAAUUGACAUGUUUUCU